UGUAUCGUUUCGUUCUAGAUAUAUUUAUAGGUACUUAAAGUGUUAUAACAUAAAUGCUAAUUUGAUGUUGUUUAGGUAUUCGAGAACUUUUGAACGCUCAUUCACGCAUUGAGUGCAGUAUAUACAAUCUUUGUAACGUAUUUGUUGUUCGUCAAAAAUGCCUAAUCCGUCGAGGACUUUCUUCGACUACUAUAAACUACCGGGACCUUGGUACAAUGUCAAGCAUACGAUUUAUUACUGGGUUUUCACCGUGAUUAAGAGAAUAUUACAUUUCUUCGACAUCCAUACGAAACACGGUAAACCGAAAGACAACGACGGGCCACACAAACUUAAUGACAUUAUUGGAUAUGAUGCUACUUGGAUUGGAGGCACUACACCUGACGGUAAAUGGAUCAUAUUUGCGCUCGAUAGGCGAAAUGAUAGUAAAAUGUCUAUAGGAUAUGUAUGUUUAAAGAUUCCGGGAAUUGGGCACCUGUCAACUCCAAUGUAUCCGAAUUCCAUGGAUAACGCGUUGGGAAAAUGUAUAAACAGUUUCGCUUUGGACCAAUUCACUUUGUCGAUGAUCGAACCUCUUCGACGGUGGAAAGUCAAUUUCGAAGGUAAAAUGAUGUUCGUGAACGAUCCGGGAGUCUCAGCCCACGUAAAAAUAGCGGCCGAAUGGACGAGCCAACGUGACGUAUGGUUACUGAACCGGGACUUGAGCAGUGAGUCGUUCGCAGACUCAUUUGCACUGGAAAAUUGGAGCAAGUUCUCCGCGGCUUUAUUUGACCGUUCCAAAGACGAUGUAGUGCACUGGGAACAGUUCGGUAAAUUGGACGCGAAUAUAGAGAUCGAUAGGAUCGGGAUUGAAAUUCGCAACGCGGCGACCGUCAGAGACAGGAGCUUCGGUAAAAUUCGAGAUUUUACAGCAAUGCACAGAUAUUUUUACAUAACCAUGUUUAUGGAAAACGGCCGAUCACUGGUGAUCACAGUGGUUUGUCAUAAAAAAACGUUUUCGCGGUUAUUUUUUGGAUUCAUGAGCAACGACAACGGAACCAACUCCAACAUCGAUUGGACUGAUUUGAAUAUAUAUCAAUUCGGUGAAAAUGGCAGAGUGACCGAAGAACUGUGUUUCUUAAUAAGAAUAGGUAAAAUCAUCCAUUCGGUGCAAGUCGUGUGUGACAGCCAAAACUGGUAUCGACUGGAAAAGGGCGUAGUGAGAUGCGAACAGAUCGGUGACUGUUUAGUCGAUCACCUACCCGGCAAGUGUAUGAUCCAGUCUUUAUACAGCGAGACUUCGCUAAGAGCGAAAACGUUUUGCAAAUCGUUGAAUUAUUUGGAUAACAAUUAUUAAAGUCGUUUUCAAAACGAUAUUAUGUCAAUA